AUGUCGCACAUGAAUUUCCUCCGUGGAAUUUGGCGCAAGGUGAGGAAUCCGUCGUCCCCGGCGACGGGCCACCUCACAGAUAAUCGCCGGGGCGAUGCCAAAGCCAAUUCGAACGCGCCUGGUGCGACUUUGGAUUCCACCAGUGGCGAAGCACCACUGUCCAACCCAGUGAACAGCAAUAUCGGCGAAAGAGAAAGACCUGCAACACCACCAAACACACCCGUCUUGGAAGACACUCCUUCGGAUCCUUCGCCGCCCACUUCGGCACCCCCUACAUACUCGGAGACUUUUCCUGAGGUGGUCGCAAUCCUCAAACAAGUCAGAGCUGAGAGGCGUCGAGCCCGCACCACCUCCCGCUCCUUUUGGAGGGAAUAUCAACUGACAGAGCACGACUGGCCUGUUCUGAAGCGACUCCUUGACGGGAUGUAUAAUCCAAGACCCGACUACCACUACUUUUCCCAAACCCAAACCUUCGUUCACUGCUGGGCUUUGGGUCCGCACAGCUCGGCACAGUUCCGAUUCUUCUUUUCCAUUUCCCAAAAGUGGAUAGCUCUGAGCUCUGGCGAUGACGGAGGACGUAUGCUCUUUGUUCCCCCUACCGAUGUUGAAGCUAGGAGCGGGUUGGACUGUCAUAUACCAAAUGGUGUCUUGGCGUAUGCAUGGCUCCCGAGACUCCGCGGAGUGCAACAUAGUGUCAUUGUCGAGAUUGGCUACUCGCAGAAGCGAACAAGAUUCGAGGAACUGGCGCAGUUCUACCUUCUCAAAACCACACGAACGACACGAUUGGUCAUAUUUCUCGAUUUCGGCUAUCCUGGCACAAACAGUGUCACUCUCUUAACGUGGAGACGGGAUCAUUCUGACCGUGUUGCCGAAAGCAAGUUGAUACGUCAUGCUCAAGAGAUGCGAAGCGCAGAUGGUACACUCAUACCGGGUCCGCCACUCCGGAUCACAAUGUUCGACCUGAUGCCUGAUGACCAUGUGCCGCCCUCACUGCGCAACAAGGUUAUCGAGUAUUCCGUCGAGGAACUCUGUGGAUUGGUGCCAAUUGUGCCAAUUGACUACACUCCACCAGCCCUCAUUCUUACCUCCUCAAAUGGGUACAGAGCUGAAUAUGAGAGGAUCUGA